ACCGCGUCACUCAAACGCUGUGCGUGUCUUUCGUGGUCACAACCAAACAAGUUCGCACUCACACCGUGCACUGUCCAUUGACACGCUCAGCGACCACCGUUCUCAUCACUGAUUUGCAUCUAUAUAUACCAAACGAUGAUCCCUUCCUUCUCAGGACCUUCUCAUUUUUCUGCUCAUUUUAAUUGUUCUUUCCCUCUCUGUCUCCUUGUCGCAAAGUUACAACUUUCUUUCCUACUGUAAACCAUAUAGAAUGUCUAUUGUACUUACCCCUUACUGGUCACCUCAUGAGGGCGUCCAGAAGCUCAAGAUGGAAGCUCGGGCUAAAGCCCCAGCCGUGCCAGGCCUGGCACCACCAGUUUUCAAUGUGAAAACUCAGUUGGAUCGUACCCUUCUCCAAUUGCGCUCCAGAGCAUCCCCUAUCGAGAAAUAUGCCUUCCUCGCGCAAGUCAAGCAAACUGAUGUCGAGGCCUUUUACAAGCUAUGCCUCGAGUACAUGCUAGAGAUCAUACCUAUAAUCUACACACCAACCGUUGGUGAAGCAUGCCUACAGUACUCAAGAAUUUAUAGGAACCCCGAGGGUUUGUUCAUCUCUCUCAAGGACAAAGGCAGAAUUGGGAACAUUCUGCGCAAUUGGCCCCUUGCGAACGAGGCUCGGAUCAGUGUCGUCACAGAUGGUUCACGCAUACUUGGGCUUGGUGACCUUGGUGCAAAUGGGAUGCCCAUUGCUGUUGGAAAACUAUCUCUUUAUGUCGCCGGUGCUGGUAUCCGCCCAUCGUCCACUUUCCCUAUCACGCUUGACCUUGGAACUAACAACUCAUCUAAUCUUUCCGACCCCUUGUAUCUCGGGCUGCACCAACGCCGGCCCUCUGACGCGGAGUAUGAUGCCUUCAUGGAUGAAUUCACUACCGAGAUGGGACGUAUCUACCCCAAAGUCUUAGUGCAAUUUGAGGAUUUCUCCACCGACCAUGCAUUUUCCUACCUUGAGCGUUUCCGCAAUAAACUACCACUGUUCAACGACGAUAUCCAAGGUACAGGUGCUGUUGUCCUUGCAGGGCUACUUUCGGCUGCACGACUGGUUUCAAUCCCGCGCAACGAACAUAGAAUCUUGCUGUUUGGCGCGGGAAGUGCUAGUGUAGGCGUUGCUAAGCAGCUUAUGAGCUUUUUUACACUCGAUGGGAUGAGCGAGGAAGCAGCUAGGAGUCAAAUAUGGCUCGUGGAUUCGAAGGGGCUCGUUUACGUCGGCAGGGAAGAGGUUGCUGACUACAAAAUGUAUUUCGCAAGGAGGCAUUACACGGGUCUUCCAAUGAGUGACCUUACAGAAAUUGUUAAGUAUGUGAAGCCAACUGUGCUCCUUGGUCUCUCGACAAUCGCGGGUGCCUUUACCCCAGAAGUCAUUCGUCAGAUGUCGCAGAACACACCUCGUCCCAUCAUCUUCCCUCUCUCCAACCCUGUCCAUCUAUCAGAGUGCACAUUCACUGAGGCUCUCGUACACAGCAACGGCGCCGCAAUCUUCGCAAGUGGCUCGCCAUUUGGAAGCGAGGUCAUUGGUGGCGUCAGGAGGGAGCCGGGCCAGGGUAAUAAUAUGUACAUCUUCCCUGGGCUUGGUUUGGGUGCUAUACUGUGCCACGCUAAGAGCGUCACAGAUAGUAUGGUACAAGCGUCUGCGCUCGGAUUAGCAGACUCUCUUUCGUGGGAUGAACGGGCACUAGAGCUUGUGUACCCCCGUAUCGAGCGCAUCAGAGAGAUCAGUGCACAUAUCGCUGUCAGUGUGAUACGGGCAGCGCAGAAGGCGGGCGUGGACAACUCGACGGAUCUGAAAAGAAUGAGUGAUACGCUCUUAUUAGAGUUUGUCAAGGGCAAGAUGUGGAACCCUUAGAUAUUCAAGCUGUAGUACUAGGAGUCGGCUCGUUUCAUCUUGCUCCGUUGCGCGUUUUUUCUUAUUUUACUGCAACCUGUUGGCGUUUUCUAAAGCCCUCCCAGACUUACUGCGGCGCCCAUAGUAAUUGAUCCUGUCAUAUGGGCAAACUUGUGCAAUGUGACUCAAUUUAUAUAAAGAGCCUAUCAAACA